UCAGGUGCCAGGCAGGAGGCCCUGCAGUGCGCCCAGCAUGAGCGCCUUCGACCUCCAGGCGCCCCCCCCGCCACGCUGCAGCCCCCAGUUCCCCAGCAUCGGCCAGGAGCCCCCUGAGCUCAACCUUUACUAUGAGAACUUCUUCCACCCGCAGGGCGUGCCCAGCCCUCAGCGCCCCACCUCUUUCGAGGGGGGCGGCGAAUACGGGGCCACCCCCAACCCCUACCUCUGGCUGAAUGGGCCCACCGUGACCCCACCGCCCUACCUGUCUGGCACGAGUGCCAGUCCCUUCCUGCCCCAGGCCUACGGCGUGCAGCGGCAGCUACUGCCCGGGCUGGGGGGCAGCGACCUGGGCUGGCUGCCCAUCCCCUCCCAGGAGGAGCUGAUGAAGCUGGUGCGGCCCCCCUACUCCUACUCAGCUCUCAUCGCCAUGGCCAUCCACGGAGCCCCCGACAAGCGCCUGACCCUCAGCCAGAUCGGCCACCAGAUCUACCAGUACGUGGCCGACAACUUCCCCUUCUACAACAGGAGCAAGGCAGGCUGGCAGAACUCCAUCCGCCACAACCUGUCACUCAACGACUGCUUCAAGAAGGUGCCCCGCGACGAGGAUGACCCAGGCAAAGGGAAUUACUGGACCCUGGACCCCAACUGUGAGAAGAUGUUUGACAACGGAAAUUUCCGCAGGAAGAGGAAGAGAAAAUCGGAUGUUUCCCCCAGCACAGGCUCCUUGGUCUCGGAGAAAGCCGAGAGCAGUCUCCUGACGGGCAGCCCCAAGACGACGGAGCCUCAGGACAUGCUGGACGGCGCCUCAGCAGGUGCCACCAGCUCCCCAGAGAAGCCAUCCUCCCCUGUCCCCUCGGGCGCCCCUUGCCUUAACAGCUUCCUCUCCUCCAUGACGACCUAUGUGAGUGGGUCGAGUCCCACGAGCCGCCCCAUGGCCACCCCAGGACUGAGCCCUGAGCCCACCGACAAGAUGGGGCAGAACUCGCUCAGCUUCAGCUCCUACACCCCGCUCACCAACCUCAGCAGCCAUAGCGGCGGGGGCGAGUGGGCCAACCCCGUGCCCGCGGGCGCUCUGGGCUACGGAGGCUCUGUUCUCAACCAGUUCAGCCCUCACUUCUACAACAGCAUCAGCUCCAACAGCGUCCUCUACCCCAGGGAGGGCACCGAGGUCUAGGGACAGAGCAGCUCGAUCCCGAAGGACAUGCCCCAGACGAAAGCAGUCAAGGUCCUCCACGCCGAUCCCAGGCCGCAGCCGCCCAGACGUGACACAGGAGGCUCAGAGUGUGCGGUCUCUCUGGAACACGGUUCCGACCUUCCGUUGACCUCACAUACAUUUGCAGACUCACCAACUUUGGGGUGGAAAUACCGGUGCCUGGGUCACAGUGGCCCUCAGCUGAGCACUUCGGUGCCAGGUGCCGUCCCAGCUCUGUGAAGGCGUAGUCACUCUCCAUGCCAUCGUCCCGUGAUGUUCGCAGGUGGCUCUCCACUUAGUAAUGAGGAAACAGGCUUGAGAAAGCCAGGCGACCUUGUCAGGUCAUACGAGCUAGUAGAGCUGGGGGCCAAAUCCAGGUCUGGUGACCCCAAAGAUGGGUCCAGGGAAGCUGGGCUGCAAGAGUGGGUUGAGCAGCGACAGAAGGUCAGGUUGGAAAGCUGAAGAGGCCAAACAUACCAGAAUCUCCUGCUACCCUGGCUGUCCAUCAGAAUUCGGCGCCUGGUCCUGGCCCGAGUCCUCAUUCUGCCUCAGCUUACCUGCAGAUGCCCGUUUUGCUGCCACCCAAGGAGGGAAGCCCAGUCCCAUGCCUACCUCCCUCACUCCUAGGAGACCCUGAAUAGAGCCAGGGGUCAGGGAGAGGAGCAGCAUGUACCCCAAAACCCCCACCCCAGCACGGCCCAGCCGUAAAGUCCAGUUUCCCAAGUGCGCACGUCGGGGGCCAGUGAGGGUCCAGGUGAGACAAAGCUGCAUGAGUGCCUUCUUUCUUAUGGCCUGGGACAGUGGGUGUCUGAGAACAAUGGCCUCCAGGGGGCCCUGGGCCCACCCUCACAGGGGGUCUCCGCCCCAGCACCUGGGCUUCCUCAUUCUUAUUUUUUGUGAACAUCAUAGGCCUCUGAUGCUUCAUCACAGCACAGCCUGGGAGGUGCUAUUUGUUUUCUUAUUUUCUUUUUCAUUAAAACAAAACAA